AUGGCCUACAGGAGUAGCCGGAGUGAUUUCAGCGAGCGAGGAGAUUACCCUCCAGGACCCCCUCGGAGACCGCCGCCCAGGGAAUUUGAUGACGUGGAGUUCUACGAACGAAGAGAACGCCGUGGUCCGCCACCACCCAGAGAGCCACCCAGAGAAUACGAUGAGAUCGAGAUACACGAACGGGAACGCCGCGUCUCGAGUCCGCCGCCACGUCGGGCGCCCGUGCGGGAGUAUGACGAUGUGGACAUAGACGUCCGAGUUCGCGAGCGCGAGCGAGAAGACCGCACUCCUGCAUUCCUCCGCGAGGAUAACCGCCGAGCUGAGGCUGGUCCUCUGGUUCUCCGGUCGCGAGAGAUCGAGACGGUUGACCGCCGCCGACCCCGCAGUCCAAGCCCACAGCCACAGAUCAGGUACCGUGAGCGCCUGGUCGAGCGUGAGCGAGAGAGAUCUCCUUCACCCCCUCCGAUGCCAAUGCCCAUGCGGCCUCGAUACGUGGAACGAUCACCGUCUCCUCCGCCAAACGUGCGAGUCGACACCCGCAUAAUCGAGCGACGACGAGAGCGAUCGCCGACCCCAGAGAGGGAGCGAGACCACAUUCGCCUACGUAUUGAGCGUGAAAGAGAGAUAGAGCGGGCUCCGUCGCCGAGCCCAUCACCACCACCCCCUCCGUCGCCGCCGCCGGUCAUUCGAGGCCCGACCAUUGAGCGGGAGGUCAUCACCCACUAUCGAGACAUUGACCACGGCAUCGAGCGUAUCAAGCCACCCAGCCCACCUCCAGCCCCGAAACCAGCCCCUCCGCGUGUCAAGCAACGGGAAACGGAUAUUGACAUCUAUACAUCGCGCAAGGAGACCGACAUCGACAUUCGCAGUCGGUCCCGAUCUCGCCCUCGUGAGCGACCUCGUGCGCGCCAACAGCCAUCAUAUUAUGAUGACGAUGACAUAGUCAUCCACAAGGAUCGCGAAGGGGUUCGUAUUUCCGAGACCCAGACCCGCCGUCGAGCACAAUCUGCUGCGCCCAAAGCCGAUUGGGACGACGAGGGUGAGUAUAUUACCGGCAAGAUCAACUCGCGUGGGCGCAUGGGCGAGGCCUACAAUGGCGCAACCAACGACUGGACAAUAGUCGACGUGCCACCGGGAACUGAGCGGGUCAAGAUGGACGGUGUGGGAGGCGGCGGUGCCGAGGUAACCUGGCAGCGUUACAACGGUGUUCGAAGGGGCAAGUUCAUUUCCGAGAGGGAGAGAGAAGGCACUGUCGUCAGUGCCAGUACCACGGCCGUCAGCGAGGCGCCGGCUCGCGAGAAAGAGCCCUCUCGUGAGCGCGAGCGACUCAGCGUACAGAUCUACAACGGUGGACGUGAGAAAUCCCGAGACCGUGAUGUCGAAGUGGAAGAGGUGCGGGACAGACGGAUCUCGAUCCGUGACGGCGGCAAGGCUCCGACUCGAAAACGUAAUGACAUGUGGACGGAAAUCACAAAGGAUCUUGUGGUUCGUGAGGCUGUUGAGCGCUUGGGAUAUGAGUACGAGGAGACCGAUUUUUUCUUCUACGUCAUGCAAUACUUGCGCUACGAGGACGUCCUUGAGUUGGUCAACGUGUCGGAUGACAUUCGCCGAGAACGUAAACGCCGAGCUCGCGAGAUCGAGUGGGAACGUGAAUACAGAGACUCCUGGGAACGCCGAUCGCACGCCAAAAAGGAACGAAAGUCCCUGCCCUGGGACAAGGUGGACGACGAGCGCAUUGUGGAGCGCGAGAUCAUCUAUGAUCGUUCACCUCGCUACAUGCGCUGA